CCUUGCCGACAUUUUAAUCCGAUUUCCCGGCCGCUCCUCCGAGCUAACGGCGAACCCACACCACCAACAUGGCUGCCGAGAUCACGCUCUCCGUUCCCUCCCCCCAACAACACACCCAGUUUUCUCUGCGGCUGCGCGGCGCCGAACCUUAUAGGAGUUGUAGUUCUCCAUGCACCUGGGGCUUGCUGCUAGACAUGGGAGCGAACUACAAAUUCCAGAAUGCCGCACUGUCGAUCUUAAGGGGCCAAUGGGGGGCUUCCCCUCUCCUACCUCCCACCCUGGACAUAAGGAUGAUGUCAUUGCAAAACAGGCAAGGGAGAUUUCUGCACUGCAAUUCAUUGUGAUACGCUGUAGCCUCCUCCCCCUGUGCUGAAGCGCUAGGGCAGUGACUAAAUCCCUAGCAAAGGGGAGGGGGGACCAUAUAGACAUCCCAAGCGAGCUGCAAGCCCUACCCCAUGUCUAGGUGAUUGAAUCCCACGUUGUGUCUUGUUUUAUGGUCUCGCAGGGGAAGGGGAAAAAUCCCAAAUCCAGCUCCCCUUUAAGUGCAUGCUCAUGUGUGUCUUCAGAGGAAAAAGGGUGCUGGCUAACAUGAGUAACUAGAAUGAGGUAAAAUCCUAGUGAAGACAAGGCAGCUUGUAGUGUCACUAGUAUUUUACCUCAUGUUAAUUACUACUUGUUGGUAAGAACACUUCCUCCCACCCACACCAGUGAAGACAAGGCCUUCUGUGUAAAUGAGUAUGGAAGAUUAUGAUUUUCUGUUCAAAAUUGUUUUAAUUGGCAACGCUGGCGUGGGGAAAACCUGCUUGGUCCGACGCUUCACUCAGGGGCUUUUCCCACCAGGUCAAGGAGCCACUAUCGGAGUUGACUUUAUGAUUAAGACUGUGGAGAUAAAAGGUGAAAAAGUGAAGCUGCAGAUCUGGGACACGGCAGGGCAGGAGAGAUUCCGGUCCAUUACGCAGAGUUAUUAUCGCAGCGCUAAUGCAUUAAUAUUGACCUAUGACAUAACCUGUGAAGAAUCCUUCCGAUGCCUUCCCGAAUGGCUGAGAGAAAUAGAACAGUACGCCAGCAAUAAGGUCAUAACUGUGCUAGUGGGUAAUAAGAUUGAUUUAGCCGAGAAAAGAGAAGUCUCCAAACAAAGAGCUGAAGAAUUUUCAGAGGCCCAAAACAUGUACUAUCUGGAAACUUCUGCUAAAGAAUCUGAUAACGUGGAAAAACUCUUUCUGGACUUAGCUUGCAGGCUGAUCAGUGAGGCAAGACAGAAUACGCUUGUGAACAAUGUGGCUUCCCCGUUACCAGGAGAGGGGAAAAGUAUCAGCUAUUUGACUUGCUGCAAUUUCAAUUAAGGGCUGGCCCAAGAUUCACCCCAAAUGGGCCAAGAGGUUUUUUGCUGAGAUUUAUCUCAGUGAAGGCAAUUCCUGCCACUUUGACCCAUCUGACUCACACCUAAGUGAGGUUCCUGAUCUUAAAGCAUGGCAGGCUGGCCGCUCCACCUCCAGGUCAACAUAGCAGAAUAUAAUAUGGUUUAAUCUUUUUUGCAGUCUCUGGAGUUGGGUAGGAAAAAUAGUUUGCACAAGGCGCUCAUUCAAAUCCAGAGCAUGGGCUGCUACAUCACUUUCUGUUGGAGAUCAGAACAGCCUCCCUGGAUGAUACGGAAGAAUGCGGGAUCUCUUUUGCAGCACAUGUUUGGCCUUUUUAAAGAAAGAUGAACUUGAAGCCUUGGACUAUACAGUACUGGCAUUCUUCCAGGCUGCCAGCCAAAUGAAUGCUUAGGAUGUGUAUAUGCCCACAGCAUCCUGAUGCAGGACUCAAUUGUAUGUUUUGAAUUAGUGUUAUAUCUCUCAUCCGCAGGCACUUUCAUGAACUUGGAAUUAAAAAUAUAUAUAUCAACAUUUCCAAACAAACAACAGUCUGGAAAAAGAUAUGGAUACUGGCUUAGUCACUUCGUUUGGUGCUAGUACUUCAGCUGAAUAUUUCAUAGACCAAACCUAGUUUUCUUACAUUACUGUCCUCUGAAUGUGUAACUUAGAGUAAGUAGUGAAAGUAUGCUAAUAAGCACUGUCCAUAAAAUAUCUUUACCUCUUUUUCUCAGUCUGAACAUAGUGGAUAAGGACUGUGCUUCCUUGAUGUCAAUUGUGGGGGUGAAAAGACUUUUUUUCUUGAGGCAAAAAAGCUCUGUAAACAGUAAUUUCCUAACGUAAUGAACUAGUUUUGAGAAUACUGACUGAUGGCGUUGUAAACAGAUCAGAUCUGACCAAAAUAUUGUGCUUGCACUGAUCAUGUAUAAGGGUUCAAAGGCAGAGCACAGUUUAGAUGGCAGCCCAGUGUGUUUGAGUAAUGAAAGCUUGUAGUUACAGGUCUUGCUUGAGAAGCAAGCAUACAAUUUUGUAUGUUUUUUUUAAGCUUAAGUGAAAAUGGCAGCAAGUGAUGGUGUUAAUCAUUUUGUGUCUUACUCAUCCAGUGAUCAUCUUAUGAAACUGUACCUUGGAGAAGCAAUUCAAGGUACCAGUUUGGCAUCGACUCUGUAUUAUAGUAGCUUUGGGAUCCAUGACCAUAGACUCAUUUAAUUUUCUUGUUACUUUGUACUCUAAGUCUCAGACUCCAAUGUAUGUAUAACUAUUUGCCUCGGCAAGUUCUUUAUAUAAAACCUCUAAUGUGGAAGCACUGUGGUAUUUGUUAUAUUACACCUCUAGUGCCAUGUUCUAAUAAUACAUUGGACUUUACACAUUGAUGUUAAAGCAAAAUUGGAAAAGAGGUUGGACGCAUACAUAGCAAAUCAUUCUUAAAUGUUUGGUAUCAGUUUUAUUGACCCGAAUGGGGCUAAAACUCUCGGUAACUUUGUGGCUGUGAUACAUUGUAACUUAGCAUUAAUCAGCUCGAUAUCAUGUAUUAUUUGCUGAAGAUGUUGACUGGCCUUUUGUAUUAACAUGAAAAAGCAGCCAACAAGUAAAUCUUGAAAAUAAAAAUGGCCUUUUAAAA